AUGCAGGAUAGACCGGCGCAGGUAAACUACGAAUACGGUAGUAGUAGUGGCACUACUAAUACUACUACUACUACUAAUAAUAAUAAUAUCAAUAAUCAAUUUUCGCAAGGGCAGUCGAUGCAACCAACUCCAACAACUCUGGCAGCUCCAAAUGCCCCAGCAAUUUCAAUAGCUUUGUCAAUUCACGGCCCGCCAUCCGCACAAUCUUCGAACCCAGUGGGAAAUAACGGACAGAAAGCCACGCCACGAAUGCUAAGAAGUGUGAGUGGAACGUUGCGAUCUAAGUCGGAUUUGUUGAACACCAGUGCAAAUGACAUUGAUAAUCACAUGAAGCUUGAUAGCUCGCCAAACUAUACUGCAGCUGACGUAGAGUCUCAUAAGCGGCGGUCAAGUCUGCGUCUGGACAAUUUUGUCAGGUCAAACUCUCUAGCAUCGAAACAUAUGCAGCCAGAGGAUAAGACAAGGAAAAUCGAGGUCCCCAGAGCAGCACCCGGAACACAAGGUCAGGGUCCCAGUCAGUUGUUACCGCCAUUACCUGUUCCAUCACCAGCUUCCACUCCUCUUGGAGUUGUACAAUCUUCGAGCCAACACCAAAACCAAAACCAAAACCAAAACCAAAGUAUCAACUUUAAACAUACUCAUCGCUCUGGAACGGAAGAUCCUCUUGCAGCAAAUAAAGCGUUGCAGAUCCCAGGGUCUCAUCAACAUUCGCAAAAUCCGCAAAACCCGCAACAGCAGCAGCAGCAGCAACAACAACAACAACAACAACAACAACAACAACAACAAUCUAAUCAACAUCAGAGUCAGAUUGCUGGUCAAUCGAGCCAUCAACAUCCUGUACAACAGGGACAGCAGAUGCCAGCAUCUAGUCGAAGUCAGUCGCAACAAACAAACCACUCGCCACAUCACCAUCAACAACACCAACAACGACCUGCAUCUGCGCAACAAACACAAUCUCAGCAUAGUCAACAAUCACAAGCACAAGCACAAUCACAAGCACAAGCACAAGCACAAGCACAAUCACAAGCACAAGCACAAGCACAACAACCCCAACAACAGCCACCCCAGCAACAGCAACAACAAUUUCACAGAAAAUCUAUUGGAGAUUGGGACUUUGUGAAAACAAUUGGUGCCGGUUCCAUGGGUAAAGUCAAACUUGCUCAGCAUAAUACCACCAAGGAAAUAUGUGCAGUCAAGAUUAUCCCGCGUGCAUCAAAACUAUACCAAAGAGCGCAUGCCAAUGACCCUCCUCCACAAACCGCACAAGAAGCUGCUCAAAGACACAAGGAAUUUGAAAAAGAGUUGGCUAGAGAUAAACGUACCAUUCGAGAAGGGGCAUUGGGACGUUUGUUAUUCCAUCCAUUCAUUUGCCGCUUGUAUGAAAUGGUACCCAUGACUAAUCACUACUACAUGUUAUUUGAAUACAUUGAAGGCGGACAAAUGUUGGACUACAUUGUUGCUCAUGGCUCUUUGAAAGAGCGACAUGCCAGGAAAUUCGCUCGGGGUAUUGCAUCGGCACUCGAUUAUUGCCACAGAAAUAAUGUUGUUCAUAGAGACUUGAAGAUUGAAAACAUCAUGAUUAAUGAAAAGGGUGACGUUAAAAUCAUUGAUUUUGGUCUCUCGAAUCUUUAUGCACCAAAACAUUUACUCAAAACGUAUUGUGGCUCACUAUAUUUUGCUGCACCAGAACUAUUAAGUGCCAAGCCGUACAUUGGACCAGAAGUGGAUAUAUGGUCAUUUGGUGUUGUGUUGUAUGUAUUGGUUUGUGGUAAAGUUCCGUUUGAUGACCAGUCCGUAUCCGUGUUGCACGAGAAGAUCAAGAAGGGUAACGUUGAAUAUCCAAACUUUCUCUCAAGAGAAUGUAUAUCACUUCUUUCGAGGAUGUUGGUUGUUGACCCAGCACGCAGAGCAACAUUAUAUGAAAUCUGCUCACACCCAUGGCUUAACAAAGGAUACGAUCACAAAGUUUCAAACUAUUUACCACGAAGAGAGCCAUUGCGGUUACCAUUGGAUCCCGAUGUGAUCAAACAAAUUGCUGCAUUUGACUUGGGAUCCGUACAAUCUGUAACCGAGGAGCUAACGGCUUUGCUCACUAGUGUCGAGUAUCAAAUGAGCUGUGAAAACUGGCUUCAUGUAAUGAGACAGGGCAAAGAGUACGCUUCAGCACCAAAUGCAAAUAUAUUGCCUGAUCCUACUGGUGGGUUUCACCCAUUGAUAUCAAUAUACUAUCUCGUGGUGGAAAUGAGAAAGAAAAAGAAAGCUAAGGAAGAUGCAUUCAAAGCUCAACUUGCACAGCAGGAGCAGCAAAGGCUCCUUCAAGAGCAACAGAGACAAAUGCAACUGGAGCAAGUUUAUGCGACAUAUCCAACGCCACAGGAAGAUGACAGUAAUAUUAACAGUAUUAAGAGCAAGACACAACAACCACAACAAUCGCAGCAAGCGCAACAACCACAACAACCACAAAAACCACAGCCACAACUACAAACAGUGGCAAAGCCAUCAGCAGAGCCCGAGACCCCAAAGCCUCCCAGCUCUACCGAAGUUGCUACUCAAGUCCCCAUACUUGGUCAAUAUAAUCCAUCUAAAAAUUCAGAACCAAAUACCCCACAACCAAAACUCGUUGAUACGUUUGCGCAAAAUACUCCAUCGAAAACAUUGGACCCAAAGAAGGAUCAAAGAAGAUCUGCUUCAAUUGCUGGUACUCCUCCAGUAGUGAUUACGGUUCCUGAGCAAGCGCAUACAUCAUCACCCUUACCACCUGGAUUCAGUGCUAGCGAGACUGAUACUUCCGACAAGCAGGAUCUGAUACUUCCAGAACAGCAAUACCAACCCCACUCUAAUAGUAAUAGAAGCUCACCACCUUCCGAGACGUUGGAUCCAAAACAUAUUGGAUCUCCAGGCUCUACUACUGCUUCAACUGGAUUUAACAAUUUGUUCAGAAAGUUGUCUACUAAGAAGCCCAAAGGCAGUGCUAACAAUUCACCCAAAAUUUCUGCUACUCCAAGUUAUGAAAAAGACCAUCUUUUGCCUGAGGCACCAAAUUCAAAGAAUGACCCAUUGGUUCGUCGUGGUAUAAGUAUGAAGGUGACAGCCAAAGAAAAAGAAGCUGCAGCAUUGAGACAUUCUCCAAUAAGAUCGGAGAAACCAAGGGACCGCAAACCAGUUGGUGGUACUGGUGGACAUUCACGUACACCUUCGAACGGAAUACAGGGUAAAGGACAUGGAUUCACGCCAGUUGAGUAUAUGCCUCCUUUGCCACAGUACGAUCCAAGUACAAAUACAUUGAUUCAUGAGCCUAGUAAACAACAAAGCUUGGCGGUUCCUUCCAAACAGUUGCAUCCAACAGCAAGAGCAAAAUCUGUAGGAGGACAGUUCAGAAGAGAUGCAUACACGCGUGCUAGAAGUAACACUGCCAAUCAACCAGGUGAAGGGGUGCCGGGUGUACAAGGCGAAGAUGCUUUAGAUCAGCCUGAGGAUAGUGGAUUGGUUUUCUUUGAUGACGUCAAAUUGGAUGAUUAUCAAAUGCCUGAAAUACCACAAAUGACCGAGGAUGAAGUGAUGAGGCAAUACAAUAAUGCCAAGCCGGGAACAAUGCCAUCCAUUGAACAUUGCAAGACAUUGUUUCUUAAAGGUUUUUUCAGUGUUCAAACAACUUCGGCCAAGCCACUACCAGUGAUUAGAUACAUUAUUAUCAACGUGUUGAGCAAAUUGGGUGUCAGGUUCCAAGAAGUGAAGGGUGGAUUUGUUUGUAUUCAUACCCCAUCUGUUCAACAACCACAAGAUGAGGCUGAUGAGAUUUUGGAUGCAUAUGCUGGAUUUGACGAGACCGAUGAGGAAAAAAAUUUGUAUGGAGAUGCAUUCAAAUCCAAGUCCAAGUCGUCAACACUUCGCUCCUCCUCUUUCGACGAGGAAAAGCAAAUUGAAGGUUCACAAACUCCAACUCGUAAACCGUCCUUGCACCUUCAAACAGGGUUAUUAUCGCCAUCUGCUGGCCCAGGUGGCAAAUCACAACACCGGUCAUCCAACUCCAUUGGUGGCGGCAGUAGUAGUGGUGCUGGUGGUGGUGGUCAUAGAAGAAAAAUUUCUAUUGGCAACACUUUCCUCAACUCUUAUAGAAAGAAGAAUGGUUCGCAAGUUAAUAUGCCGCCAAACACUCCGGCUACGGCAAAAACUACGCGUGGUCUCUAUGAUGAAGAGUUUAACAUUGGUACCAGCCAUCUUGAUAAUGACGUUGAUUUCGAAGGUGAUGCCUUUGAUUAUGGCAACUCUGCCGAGUCCUUGAGUGGUUAUGGUGGUGGUAGUGAUAUGUUGGUAUCCUCGAGGAUAGAACACCGUGCACAUGGCAGCGUUGGUGGAUCAUCACAUCAUCGUACCGCAAGUACUUCUUCUGGUAAGUCAACUGGUAAGUCGCCAUUGAAGUUUGAGAUCCAUAUUGUCAAAGUGCCCUUGGUUGGAUUGUAUGGUGUUCAAUUCAAAAAGAUAAUGGGUAACACUUGGAAUUAUAAAGCAUUGGCAAAUCAAAUUUUGAGUGAGAUGAAUUUGUGA